GACGAAGAUUGUCGUGACGUGACAUGACCAAGACCUUGAAGUCGUUUACAACGUUUACUAACUGACGUUCAUCAUUAGGACUGGUCUACUGACUGGGAUUUUCAUCCUACGCACAUGGAUCCUUCUGGAAUAUCACCUGAAUACGAACUCACAGUCCGUACCCACAUUCGCCAGACCUUCCUUCCUUACGUUAGGAAGCAUAUUACCAGAGACCAUGUCUCAUAUACCGAGUUUAAGCUCGAGCAGAUCUUUACAGAAUCCUUAGAUUUUGCUCCAUUAGCGGACCCGCACGCGCUCGUGCUACCCCCAGAUCCACUCGAUACCCUUGCUGGGUCUCUGAAAAAUCUCGACCUCUCUUUUGAUGAGCGCUUGACGACAGACGGAGAUACCAUACGCAAGCUCAAAUCAUCACUUAAGACUAUUGUGGGUGAAGGCAGGGAACUCCGUAGCGAGGCAUGCUGGCGGGAGGAGGAUCACAUGUAUGCACGCGUUGCAGAGAUAUACAGACCUAUGACGCCCAUCCUUACCAACCGUGCGCGAAAGCAGACCCCGAAAGCAGGUGCCAACGCUCUCCGCGCAUCUCUCCCUCGCACAUGGCCUGCGCAAUUCGAGCACACCGGUGUCAAGUCUGUGGUGGUUGCACAAAUCGAGGAUUCAGAUGUACCUAACCUGGAAGAGGUUUUGAAUGUUCGCCCCACAAUCGAAUCCACUACUCGUACUCACAUCCUCUCGCUAUUUAAAUUGGCAAAUCCACCUGCACAAUCAACUGAGACCAACAGCCAUGUCACUUCUUUCCUGCGUGCUGAUUCCCCACCGCAUCAGAUCCAACGUCCACUUUCUCCCCCUCUCUUCCCCCGGUCCAAAGCAAGCCCGGGUUCGUUAUGGACAGGUAUCGCGAAUGCAAAGGACAUCGUGGGUAGGCUGACUGCUGUCCCUGCUCCCGUUCUGGAAGAGCUAGAGGACGACGUAGACAGGGUCAACAUGUCGAUUGUCGAUGGAUGGACUGUCCUUCCCAUCUCUUCUCCGCCUUCCGCUUCACCACUCUCCUCACAAGACACAGAAAUCGACGAGCUAUGGGAGGUCUCACCGACUCCGCCUGGCACGCCUGCUACAAGCCUUUUCAGCGCUAGAAUGGACGAAAUAGAGAUCCCGCGUAUUCACAAACCCGGACACAUGCUUCCGCAUUCACCCAAACCAAGUGGUUCUAACGAUCUCAAGUCACUUAUCGGGCACCUGAAGCCUGUGGCUGCUGCGAAGCUAAAAGGAGGCAAUACUAUAAUGUCGACGGAUCAGAAUACCAAUAUUGCGCUAUUUCUUUCUUCCCCAAACGCAGAGGAUGGGAGAAUCCUUGAUGCAGAGGACUCUAUGCUUGGGCAGCCACCUUCUGUUUGUACUGCUUCUCCCCUGCCUACGCAUGCGGGAAGAGACAGAAGAAAGAAGUCAUACCAAGAUCAAGACUUGGGAGAUAUUGAUGUGGAACAGGAUCUCGAUAUGGCUCUCAGGCAUAUGUACCGAGAGGUGCAGGAGGAGAACAUCGAGGGGUGUGUGUUGGAGGAGAGGUUGGAUGAAAAGGAUGUUGCAUUGAUGGAUGUGCCACACCUUCCCCCGCCCACCGUGCAUCCGGGGCCACCUCUGCGGCCUACAAGCAUGAGGGCCCUCAUACGUGGAGGCGACAUGAAUACAACCGUUCAGCGGCACACUACACUGGAACCCGUAAAAGGCAUCAAACCGCUCAACCUCGAGUUAUCUUGGAGACCCUUCAAAUUCGCGCCCCCGAUCCCAACCGACGAAAGCGUCUCUCUUGUCGCUGAACCUGCUCUAGAUGACCUGGUGAAACUGGGCUGUACUGACAAAGCAAGCGAAGCGAAGAUUCGCGGACUGCUCGCAGACCCCGAAACUACCUCUUAUCAUUUGGCCAACGUGGCGGGAUCGAAGGAACCAAAAGACAAACGUGGUACAGGGUGUUUUGGUCUCUCACCUCCCCGCCCUCUCAAGCCCUCUUUGCUAGAAGAGGGAUUUGAGUUGGUGCUGACGAAAAGAGAACGAAGGCUUCACGCUGGCCUUCCUGAAUUCGAGGAUUCGCAUGAAUAUCGCGCCAAAUAUGGUGAAGAUCCUCAUGAACGACAAGAUGAAGUCGAAGGCGGAGAUGAAACCUCCCCUGAAACUGAAACUGACGAUCAGCCCGCGAAGCCCCCUCGCUCUGUCUUUCAUGAUUCUGGAAUUUUGGAUAAUAUUCCUAACGUUGUCAACCACUUCGAUGUUGCAGAUGACGAUAUUUCUGGUGCUACAUUCGGUGGUCCAGAAACUGCGCUCGAUCAUUCUGGUGUUACAUUUCCCAACCCCCGCGACAAUGAAGCGUGUUAUCGAGAUCGAGAUGGCCCGAGUCCCUUGGAAGCUGUCUACUCACCCGACGAUGUUGAUUACUCUGACAAGGACAAGGAAGAUAGCCCCCACUAUAUAUAUCAACAGGAGCAAGAUAGGGAUCAGUGCCACGAAGGACCAUCUUCAUAUUUCCGGUUACCAACAUGGCACCAGUACGGCCCGAGUCCAUGUCCGGCUAGGCGUCAUCCUCUCCGAGGACUUGAUCAAGAUUAUGCGAUGGCCAACUACUCCCGAGGCAUUUGUACGGAAUCCGCUUUUUUCCCGCUUUCAUUUGGCUCCCAAAGCGAGCGGGUGUCAAGGUGUCCGACAGAGCCUGGUGUACUUUUAGAUAGUGAUGAGGAACGAGGUGUGAUACCGGAUACCGACAGCCCGAGGAAAACUCAAGGCAUCUCGGACAAGGAUCAGCCGGCGAACAUAUCAUCAUUCUUACGAUAUUUCGUCCCGGAAGUGGCUACUAGUACCGCUUCCCCUGUAUCCAAACGCAGACGACUGGAUGACCCCAAGACUGUCACACGAGGAUUUAUAGAUGACCACCUGACACUGCGCAACAAGCAGGUGAUGUGCGACCCCCCUCCGUCAGUAACCCCUACGAUCAUCUCUUCUGAACCCCAGGCUUUGCAACUCGGCAGCGCCUCGCCACCCCGUGUUGUACCCCCAGAAAUCCUCAACACCCACACCUUGCGUCUCCCCGAUGUAUGGAAUCCACCGACUACGAGCCAUUGCUAUCUUGCAAGUAUGGCUCUCAUCCAGAAACGCGCUCUCGUCCGGGCCUUGCAAGCCCCCGAGUGUCGGGUGCAUCUCGUAGAGAGGUAUGUGUUGGGUGGAGCGGACAUUGUGAUGGAUCCAGACACAGCUCUGCUGGUUGCGCCGCUGCUAGCGCUUCCCUCUCAGGUUGAAGGACUCGCCGAUCGCAUCUCGCAGUUAUCCUGGCGAUAUACACAUAUCCUUAUCAUUCUCGAGGCGUUCCCAAGCGCAAAUGCAUUUGCGGCAGAAAUAAAUACGAACAACGUCAAACUAAUGCCCUAUGCGUUCUCGCCACCCAUACUCAAAGCAAUUAAGAAGCUCCGCCGGCUCUUGACCAUCGCCGGGGGUUGUGGGACACAGAAUGUAGGGUGUAAGAUUGAAUGGGCGUUUGCCAAUGAUGUGGGUGAGGCAGCCUUAUUUGUGAGGACGUUCGGGAACUUGGCUCAGGAACGGGCUUUCAAUGGAAGUGGGAAUGCACUUUGGGGAGAUCGGGGGUGGCUACAGGUCGACGAGCACGAGGAUGAAGCGGAUCUUGCGAGUGUGGAGGGCAUGAACCCUUUCGCAGCAUUCGUGAUGCUGUAUCAGGGAUCGCUGCAUGAAAUCCUCGAUAUGUCUCCUGAGAGUCGUGCGGCAGAAUUUUCUUAUCUGGUGGGAAGUCAGCGAAUAGCUUCUCUAAAUGCCAUCAUUGAGCAGCGCACACAGAAUAUGGAUGUAGAUGUGGACCAUUACUGAUUUUGGUCUGGGGUGGAUGUACCGCAUGGAUGAUUUCAUUUUGUGGUUAACACCACUUUAGCCGAAUUCAUCUUGACCUUCCUGUGUUAAUCUCUGAUGGGUCAAAUUGAGGAGCGAACUAUGUCGAGAACAUCCGUCCGGCGUGGGUGAGGGGCCUGACAAUCGCAUGUUGUACGCAAUGGGUUUGCCUCACGAAUCAAUGGUGUGCGAAAAUUACAAUGAUUGAGUUAUGAAAAAUAGGGAGUAGGGUUUGAGAAGGAUGGGCGUUCAUGCAGUGCACGCAGGUCAUACGGGUGGUAGGAUAAUUAAUUACCUUAUCAUCACCACGUUUGCUCUGCUUAAUGAAAAGACUCCCACAAGGCCUCGGUGUGGUGCGGUC